AUGGCGUCCACCUCCAUCACCAUUUUCUCUAUCCUCACUUUCUCUCUCCUCAUUCCUCACCUCACCGCCAUUUCCGACGAAACCAUCAACAACGCCGCCGAAAUCCUCUCAAACUCUGGCUUCAAUUCCGUGUCCCUCACCCUCCCUUUCAUCUCUCAACCCCUCAUCUCCGCCGUAACAUCCGCCACCCUCUUCACUCCCUCCGACUCCUCCUUCUCUCUCUCUAACUCCGGCCAACCCUCUCUCUCUCUCCUCCAAUUCCACUUUUGCCCUCGCUUCUACUCCUUCGUUGACCUUCAAUCUCUCUCUUAUGGAACCCAACUCGCUACUCUCCUCCCUAACAAUUCUCUCUCCAUUACUUCCUCUGAUUUCGAUGACGAUGUCGCCAUUAAUGGCGUCAAGCUCAACAACUCCCCUGUUUUCGAUGAUGGGUUUUUCAUCAUCUUCCAAAUCGACCGUUUCUUCAACCCCAAUCUCACUGUGGGACCCACCACUGAGUUGGGUAGUCCGAGUCUGAGUCCGAUUCCGAGUCCCCCUGAGUGCGCUGCCUUAUCGCCUCGCUCCGGUAAGUACCGAGACGCUUCGGGUUCUUUAAGGUCUAAAGGGUACUCAUUAAUGGCGGCGUUUCUUGACAUGCAAUUGACCCAAUUCGAUGACGACGACGACAAAUCGUUGACACUGUUUGCACCAACUGAUGCAUCAAUGGAGGGGCAUUUUGGGAAAAAUAAUUACAGUGAAUGGGGGUCGAUUUUUCUGAGGCAUACAGUUGGGUGUGAGCUGAGUUGGGGUGAUUUGAUUGGUCAAUUAGAUCAAGGGUUUGUGAUUCCAACUUUCUUGAAAGGGUUUCAGAUUAAUAUUAGUCGGAGUAAUGUUUAUAAUUCUGCGUAUUCCUUGAUGAUUAAUGGUCAAGUUUCUGUUGAUUUUCCUGAAUUUUAUCGUAAUGAUGGGAUUGUUGUUCAUGGAUUAAGUGGUGUUCUGGUUUCGCCUGCUGUUAAUGAGGAGAGAGAAGAUGCUUACUCCCCUGCUAAUGGCUUCAAGGUCGAUGCUGAUCAUAUCGAGUUUUGA